AUGGCCCCCAAGCUCGACCCCAAUGAAAUAAAAAUCAUCUAUCUCCGUGCCACUGGAGGUGAAGUCGGUGCCUCAUCCGCCCUGGCCCCCAAGAUUGGUCCUCUUGGUCUGUCACCGAAAAAGGUCGGUGAAGAUAUCGCCAAAGCUACCUCUGCUUGGAAAGGUCUACGGGUCACUGUUCAACUCACCAUCCAAAACCGACAAGCUGCUGUUUCCGUUGUUCCCUCCGCCUCUUCUCUUGUCAUCCGUGCCCUCAAAGAGCCCCCACGUGAUCGCAAGAAGGAAAAGAAUAUCAAGCACUCUGGUAACAUUCCCCUCGAUGAAAUCAUCGAGAUUGCUCGCAUCAUGAAGGAGAAGUCGCUUGCCAAGGAACUGUCGGGUUGUGUGAAGGAGAUUCUCGGUACUGCUCAGAGCAUUGGAUGCACUAUUGACGGACAACCUCCCCACGAUAUCAUCGACGGCAUCAACUCUGGAGACGUCGAGAUCCCUGAAGCUUAG